AUGAAAAAAUUGUUUCUCCUUUUGUUUAUUGUGUCAUGCAUGCAAGCUUACACUGUCCCACCUUCUAAUAGUGAAAGAAGUGAGUGUUUGUCUGAUUUAGAUUGUCCAAUUCUUGAUUGUUUCACAUAUCCAUGCGGCACCCUUGAGUGUGAAGACAAUAAAUGCGUUCUGAAAGAGCCCGAAGAAAUUUGUGUCGUUGGAGGAUGCUCAGGUCAGCUAUGUAUCAGCAUUUAUGAAGACGGAGUUACCACAUGUGAGUGGAAAUCAGAGUAUGGGUGCUAUGCAGAGUAUGGAAGCUGUGCCUUGAUUGAUGGAAAGUGUCAAUGGGAACCUACUGAUGAUCUCAAGGCCUGCAUCAGAGAUAGAACCUAA